GAAUAUGAGUCACCUGGAACUUUUCCAGAUUAGGAUUUCGCAGUACGAAUUGUACAAAGAAGACGACACUCUGGUAGAUCAGCUGCUCCACGACAUGGCGACACAGCGCAUCGUCCACAUAAGUCAGAAGGAUGGUGGAACUCAGAUCAAGCUCAUUAUCGACUACCCACACAACAUCCAAGCCCUCUUCAAGCCAAUGAGGUUUCCUCGAGAGCAGCAAACGUUGCCAAAUCACUUCUACUUUACGGACUUCGAGCGUCAUACAGCAGAGAUCGCAGCUUUCCAUCUUGAUCGGUUGCUUGGUUUCCGGCGCGCGAUGCCAGUGACUGGCCGAGUCCUCAACAUGACCACCGAACUGUACGCCCUCGCGGACGGAGAGCUCCUCAAGACAUUCUUCGUGUCGCCGUCCAACAACCUGUGUUUCCACGGCAAGUGCUCCUACUACUGCGACACUGCGCAUGCUAUCUGCGGCAACCCCGACAUUCUUGAGGGCUCGUUCGCAGCGUUCCUGCCGGACAAGGAAAUGGCUCCACGAAAGGUCUGGAGACAUCCCUGGAGGAGGUCAUACCACAAACGACGGAAGGCUCAGUGGGAACAAGAUUCUGACUAUUGUACGAUGGUAAGGGACAUUCCACCGUACGACUCCGGCCGUCGAUUGCUUGACCUCAUGGACAUGGCCGUGUUCGACUUUCUGACGGGUAACAUGGACCGACAUCACUACGAGACGUUUCGGGUCUUCGGCAACGACACCUUCCCUCUGCACCUGGAUCAUGGCCGUGGUUUCGGAAAACCUUUCCAGGAUGAGUUGUCCAUCCUGGCGCCAGUACUUCAGUGCUGCCUCAUGCGGCAGACCACCCUUACUACUCUUCUCAGGUUCCACAACGGCCCUCGGAAGUUGAGUGAAGCUAUGCGUGAUUCCAUGAGCAAAGACCCCGUGGCCCCUGUCCUGUGGGAACCCCACCUGACUGCCCUGGACCGUCGAGUCAAGAUCAUCCUUCAAGGCGUCAGAGACUGCAUUGCCAAAGACGACGUCGUGGAUGCCAUUGUCCAGAAUGACGUCUCCUAGCGCCGAGCUUCUAACCCGCGCAGGCCAAGGAAGAAAGACCGCGUAUAUAAGAGACUUCCUCAACUGGAAACCUUUCAAGAUUAUCAUCCUGGAGUCGACAUUAUUGCUUGGUUGUGACUUAAAAGUUUAAACAUAACAGACUAAUCAACAUGUAUACUAGAAUCCUAAAUCAAUAACCGCGAAGAACUUCUGAAGUUUACUGUGAAUCAAUUAAUUUAACUAAUGGACUUAAACAUGUAAAUAAUUUUAUGUGUGCGUUGAUUCUGGGGAUGAAAUCCAACAGCUGUUGUGAUAAGGGCUUUAAUUGUAAAUAAAAUGAUUGGGACUUUCCUUUCCCAAAGAUGUUUAAACGAA